UACCGCAGAAUAAAGUCAUCUCGCUGAUGAAAAUAAUUUGAAAGCAGACCAUACCACGAACGUGGAUCAAUCGCUGAAAAUCAAAAUGUCUUUUCAAUAUUUUUCGCAAUCGCGUAAUAUUUGUUUAAUUUUGCUAUUCCUCGGAGUGGCUAUCGCAGACGGUGUUAUUGUCAAUCCAUUGAAUUUGCCAAAGCCAUUCGAUCCGGAAAUCCAAACCGCAAUGCUGAAAAUGGUGGAAGACGCAGGAUACACCAUUGAAACGCACAUAGUCCAGACUGAUGAUGGCUAUUUGCUGACGAUUCAUCGACUUCCUAAUGAGGGAGGACCUCCAGUAUUCAUACAGCACGGACUGCUAAGCAGCUCCGCCGACUGGCUAUCGCUUGGCAAAGAAAAAGCAUUUCCUUACCUGUUGUGGAACUUGGGGUACGACGUGUGGUUAGGAAACUACCGAGGCAAUGCAUUCUCCCAGGGCAACGUGAACUUAUCAUCGAGUGACAUUGAAUACUGGGAUUUCUCAUGGCAUGAAAUGGGAAUCUACGAUUUACCUGCUAUGAUCAGUUACGUUGUCACUGCGACAUCUCAAAAGGUGGCUUACGUUGGCCACUCGAUGGGGACGACAGGGAGCUUUGUCAUGGCAGCACUACGUCCUGACAUGCAUGACAAAGUCAAGGUGAUUCUCAGUUUUGCUCCAGUUGCCAUCAUGAAACAUGCUGUUAGCCCACUGAGGAUCUUGGUACCCCUGACCGACGGAGUCGAGAUGGUUGCAAAAGUCUUUGAACUUGGUGAUCUUCUCUCCGAGAAUCAGCUGACCAGUGUUCUGCUACGAUACGUCUGCAGCAAUAAUCUGGUAACUGCGACAUUAUGCUCGAAUCUCCUUUUUGCAAUAGUAGGAUUCGAUCCGACACAGAUUGAUCUGGAUCAACUGACGACUAUUGCGGGUUUGACGCCCGCCGGUAGCUCCGUAAAAUGUCUUCUGCAUUAUUUGCAAUUAGCUAGCAUCACAAAAUUCAGACAGUAUGAUUAUGGAGCCGCGGAGAAUUUAAUAAAAUAUGGUGCACUCAGUCCACCAGAAUACGACACCUCAAAAAUGAAAAUUCCCUUUGCUUUCUUCUACGGUGACAAUGACUGGCUAACGGCUGUCGUCGAUGUAAAAACAUUUUAUAAGAAACUUCCGGAAGGAGUUUUACUCCAGAGAAUUAAUUACACAUUAUUCAAUCAUAUUGAUUUUCUGUGGGCCAGAGAUGCCCCGAAAAUGCUGUACGCCCAGGCAAUUGAAGUGAUUGAGAGUUAUGCAUAAUUAGUGGUUGUCAAUUUAAAAUAACAUUUCAAUAACCAACACUUAAAGUCUUAUUCAAAUUAUUGAAUAUUUUGGCUUGAAUUAUUGCAAAUAAUGUCGAUUGUAAUAUCGUAAUAUUGAAUCAAUAAAAAACUGUUGAAUUUA